AUGGGUUCUCUGGGCCAGGACAACGGCCACGGCCCGCCUGUGAUUCCACCCGCGCACAAUGGGGCAGCAUACGUUGUUUCUUCCACAAAGGGCGCUGGCAUCACAACCAGCCCAAGUGGGCGCCGCUUUGUGCUUGAGGACGACGCGCCCUACCCGGCCCCGAUCGCGGCGGGCGAGGAGGAGCGCGUGUCGCGGCGCGCCAAGCAGCCCAACACCUGCGGCUGCGGGGACCUGGCGGCGAGGGACUCCAUCGGGCCGUUGCUGCGGUUUGCCGGCUACGACCCAGAUGAGGACUGCUGGAUGGGGUCAGUGCUGUAUGUGUGCAAGCCCAGCGUGACGCUCAAGCCGGUGCUGACCUGGACAGACACUGAUGCUGGCACCUCACACACGGUGCCCGCCAACUGCCUGGACUCGUUCUGUGAGUGGAACUUCUGGCGCUUCGACCUGGGGGUGCCCGUGGGCGACGGCGAGAAGCGGAUCGAGUACAGCGUCCAGGGGGAGGGCGGCGCGUUCUACGUCGCGGGGCGCGAGCAGUCGUACCACUGGGGCUACUACUCAUGCAACGGGUUCACCCCAGACGUGCCCCGGGAGGAGGGCGAAAAAAAGUGGUGCGGCCUGGAGCCGCUGUGGCGGGACGUGCUGGCGCGACACAAGGACCUGCCCCUGCACGUCAUGGUGGGGGGCGGUGACCAGCUGUACAACGACGACGUCCUCAAGUCGCCCGCGCUGCAGCCCUUCCUGGACGCACCAACACCGGACCGCCCCGGCUGGGAGUUUGGCGCCGACAUGCGCGACGACCCGGGAGCUGUGGCGCCGAGUGCAUGCUGA